AUGAAAGUUUUUAUAGUAAAUUUUUUUCCUAGAGUCCAACUACAUCAUUUUGAAUCUGCUCAUAAUCAAUUAAUAUCCGUUGGAUCUUAUCGUUUGAGUGCAUUCGAAAGAAAAUAUGGCCUUCGUGGACCGGUUCCAGAAGGUUUAAAUAACUAUCUUGAUGCUCAGUACUAUGGUGACAUUGGUAUUGGUACACCUUCUCAAAUAUUUCGUGUUGUAUUCGAUACGGGUUCUUCCAAUUUAUGGGUUCCAUCUAUUCAUUGCUCAUUGCUUGAUAUAGCUUGUCAACUCCAUAGGAAAUAUGAUUCAUCUAAAUCGUCAACAUACGUAGCUAAUGGAACAGACUUUUCGAUACAAUAUGGAACAGGAAGUCUAAAAGGUUAUUUGAGUGUUGAUACAGUAACAAUUGGUAAUGCAAAUAUUCAGCAUCAAGGUUUUGCUGAAGCAACUAAACAGCCUGGAAUCGUAUUCGUCACAGCUAAAUUUGAUGGUAUCCUAGGUUUGGCCUAUCAAUCCAUAUCUGUCGAUGGUGUAUAUCCUGUAUUUAAUAAUAUGUGGGAUCAAAAAUUAGUACCUGAAAAUAUCUUUUCAUUCUGGCUUGAUCGAGAUCCGAAUAAUCCACGUGGUGGUGAAAUCAUCUUUGGAGGCUCUGAUCCACAAUUGUAUACAGGAAACUUUACCUAUUUGGAUGUAACACGUAAAGAUUAUUGGCAAUUCAAAUUAGAUGGUAUUAGUCUAGGUGAUGCGAAGUAUUGUGUUGGAGGUUGUCAAGGUACUAGUCUUUUGGUUGGUCCUGUUGAUGAAAUUGCAAAUUUAAAUUCAAAAAUUGGUGCGUUACCCAUCGCGAGUGGAGAAUAUAUGAUUGAUUGUAAACUUGUUCCUGGUCUGCCACGAAUUAAUUUCACACUUGGCGGAACUGAGUUUUAUUUGGAUGGUCCUCAGUAUAUAUUGAAUGUCACAGAAUUCGGACAGACAAUUUGUUUAUCAGGAUUUGCUGGCAUCGAUAUACCACCUCCAGCCGGACCCUUGUGGAUACUUGGCGACGUUUUUAUCGGUCCAUGGUAUACAGAAUUCGACGUUGGUAACAAUCGUGUUGGAUUCGCAAAAUCUGUCUCACCACCGUCAAAGUCGUUUAAAAAAUUAUGA